UCAUGCCUGCUGACGUUGCCAAACCCGCGCCCAAGAAGGGCUCUAUGAAAGCCGUUUCUAAGACCGCAGUCAAGGGCGGCAAGAAGCGCCGUAAGACCAGGAAGGAGAGCUAUGCCAUCUACGUGUACAAGGUGCUGAAGCAGGUCCACACCGACACCAAAAACGCCACUGCCCGACACGGCAUCUCCUCCAAGGCGAUGGGGAUCAUGAACUCGUUCGUCAAUGACAUCUUCGAGCGCAUCGCCGGUGAGGCCUCUCGUCUGGCUCACUACAACAAGGGCUCCACCAUCACCUCCAGGGAGAUCCAGACCGCCGUCCGCCUGCUGCUCCCCGGUGAGCUGGCCAAGCACGCCGUGUCUGAGGGCACCAAGGCUGUGACCAAGUACACCAGCUCCAAGUAGACUCUACCACUUGAUCUCAAACAAACGGUCCUUUUAAGGACCACCAAAAA